AUGGCAGCUCACAUCGAGAAUCGAGGGCCGCAGCUCAUGGCGGUGAAUAUCACCUUCUUCGCCAUGGCACUGAUCACAUGCCUAUUGAGAUGUUAUGUUCGGUUGUUCAUGGUCAAUGGGUUCAGAAAGGACGACUGGCUGAUGGUUGUCGCCAUGGUAUUCUUCACUUUUUAUGCGACCUCAUCGACUGUUGGUGUCACUUUCGGCACGGGAAGACACCACGACGACCUCGAAACCAAUCAAAUCCACACUGCGAUGAUGUGCUGGUGGUUCUGCUACCUCGGAUACGCCCUCACCAUGAUAUCCUGCAAACUCUCCAUCGGCUAUUUCCUGCUCAGAGUGACCACCGAAAAGAUCCAACGAUGGACCAUCUACCUCGCCAUGUUUUCGACUGCCCUUUCGUGCGGCAUCUUCUUCUUCGUCACCCUAUUCCAGUGUCAUCCUAUAUCAUACUUCUGGAACAAGGACCAAGAUGGCACAUGCAUUGAUCCCGGUGUCGUCAUUGGAUUGGCGGCUCUCUACAGUGUUUUCGCUGUUGGUUCUGACCUUGUUUUUGCGCUGCUUCCUGGGUGGAUUGUAUGGAAUCUGCAGUUACACAAGCGAACGAAAUACUCACUGAUCCCUCUGCUCGCUAUGGGUUGCAUUGCUAGCGCAGCCGUCAUUGCUCGAUUCCCAUACUUGCAUCUCCUUGGAAAGCCCGAUUUCCUCUGGAAUACCACUGACAUUGCCAUCUGGUCAACAAUCGAGCAAGGAUUGGCCAUCACGGCAAGCAGCUUGGCAACCUUGCGGCCUCUGAUCAAACAAAUAGCCUUCCGCCUGAACCUGACCAGCAAGCCCUUAUCACUCGGCCCAUCUGGCUACGGGUCAUCACCGCGCACUCCUGGACCUGGGACACCAAGAGCCUUCUCAAGUCGAGAGGCGUACACACUCUCCUCAGUGAGUCGUCAGGAUGGUCCUGAAAAGAAAGGAUCGGGGUUUGAUUCGAGACAACCAAGUGAUCUCAAGCUUGGCAUUAAAAAGGAGACCAAGUGGGAAGUCAAGAUAACGAAAACAGCCAUGAGUGAGAGCGAGGAGGAGUUGCACUCACCAAGAGCAUGGAGAAAUAAUAACAUCAUUUAA